CACCUCUGUGCUACAUUCCCAUUCCCUGGGCCUAUAAAACCUGCACCAGGCCGGCUGCCACUGUUUACCUGAUGUGUUUGCUCCAUCUCUGCACUCAUCCGAACUCAUGGCGAUGCUCAGAGUUUCUUCAUACCGCAAGCUGUUUGAGGAGGACGGCUUGAGUCGAAACGGAGGGUUGAGUGCGCAGUGUGCAGGCCAGUACCGGACCUCCAUCAGGGGCGCGGCUGCCGAUGAGUGUGACUGUGACAAGUUAGACUUUGUAGCCGCCAAGGCUCUUAACAAAGAGAGUCUGAGCCGAUUCGUCCACGAACGCACCAUCAUCUCUGCCCUCAAUGACCGCCUGGUCAGACUCAUUGAUCUGGCACGCUGUUUUGAGGAGGAGAACGACUCUCUUGAAUGUCAGAUCAUUGAACUGGAGGAGGAGCUGAACAGCAAGCAGACCUUUGGCUCCACUGCCCCUGUUGUAGAGCCCGACUUCAGUCUAGAUGCUGUGGUGGAAAGACUGCGCAGGCAGAGGGAGGAGAUCCUGUGUUUCACAGAGGAGUUACAGAAAGAGGUCGAACAUCUGCAGAAAGAGUAUGAGAAGGUAGCCCAGCAGAAGAUCUUCAUCCAGCAGGAACAGCAAGAUGUUGCUGAGGAAGUGGAUGCUGUGACAGCAGAGUGUUUGGCGCUGAGGGAGCAAGUGGCUAUCUACGAGGAACAGCUGGACAACAUGGAUGCCCAACACCAGGCGGAAGUGCAGGGCCUGCUGGAGCCAGAUGAAAGGUCUCUUGGAGCAGCGACCAUUAGAUUUGGCAGUCCUGACAUCACUCCGGCCUUGGAUGUAAAGGAGUACUACCGCCAGCUGUCUGACAGCCUCCAGUUCGAGUGUGGUGCAUCUGCCUAUGCUGUGGUUCAAGGACAUGAUGGAAAGAAACUGGAAGUGGGAGGAACUGCAGGGUCAACAGUCAAAGACCUUCCAGAGAUAAAGGACGUGGGUGAGAUGAAGACUUGGAUUUCAGAGUUAGAAAGUGAACUCGCUGAGCUCGGGAAGCGUAACGAGGAGCUGGAGGAUGAGAUUGAGAUGAAGAAUGCUGCAUACACGGAGGAAGUUGCUGACUUGGAGUAUACUAUAGAUGAAAUGAAGCAGCAGGAGGAUGACCUCAAAGCACAAAUGAAGGAGCAGUGUGAAGAUAACAAGGAGCUGCUCAGUGAGAAGAUGGCCAGAGACAUAGAGAUUGCUGCCUACAGGAGUCUGGUGGAAGAAGAGGAUGAGAGGCUGUGCAGCCUGUAAGUUGAGCCUGAAGACUCAAUGGAUGGAUAGAUGCUUCCUAACACUCGGAUUAGAAAGCAAAAAAAAAGUGAAAACCAAACUCCGAACCAGCACUCGGGUGAAGCUUAAAGUUACCAAUGCAGCCAUUUGAGCAGAUGUAAACUUAUCAUGACGGAUUAAUGCCGUCUGGGGGCUUUAGCUGGGCCAUUGAUAACAGGUCGCUGGUAGAUGACCUGGAGACUUCAAAAAGAUGGAGCUGUCUGAAGCUGGUGGGAAAAUGGGGGUUGUGCCGUGUUUGUGUUCAUUCAGUCUCUGAGAGGAAUAUUUCCUUAAGUGGGUUUUUAUCUCCGCCGGGCCGCCGUCUCAUCAAUGUUAUGUCCUCGCUUUGCCGAUCGAGGCCAACACACAAACGCACACCAGCUGAAGUGUGCGUCUGCGGGGCGUCCUCUCACUCCGAUGCCACCUCGUCCGUCACUCUACUUUUGUCUGAUUAUCGGCUCUUAACCCGUGACCCCUUCACUAUUAUCAAACCUACUGACGGGCCCGCCCCCCGCUAACUGAAAGCAUCUCACCUUCUCCUUGUUUUUACAGUCAUGUGUUCAUGUUGCUUUUGACAGUCGAGUGUGCAGUGCACUGUGUUUGCUUUUCAAAUGAUUCAUGAAGUGGUUUUUCUGCAGCUCUUUGGAAACCAGCACCUGCAUCUUUCCUCGUGAAAAGUCGGAGUGAUUCAUUGUUUCCUUCUCGAAAAACACUGUCCCAAUUUGCUGUCAGAAAUGAGCUUUUAGUAAUACAUUCCUUACUAAUCUUUUCCAUAUUUUCCAUACAAAAUUAAAGCUGUCGGAGAUAAAUCAUUUUCGCUUCCUGCCUAUGCAAAAGCAGAAAACUGUACUUUGAUUUGAAUUAAAUAAAACAUCAUCUCAUGCUGUGUGGUUUUUUAUUCUGUGAAAAACUCCAUUUCAUGUGAACUUCUUAUGAAUCUUCGGGCUUAAGACUUUUCCCGUGUUGUGGAAAAACUUGUGAUUUAUGUCCACUUAU